AGCGACUCGGAGGACGACUCGGAGGAGCAUGGGGCUGCGCUGGAGGGCGACCUCAAUCUGGCAGAUUACGACUACCUGCCAGUAUCUUCCGAAAUCAAAGAACUGUUUGAGUACAUCAAGAGGUACACUCCCAAAACAAUAGAGAUCGAGCACAAACUGCGGCCUUUUAUUCCAGACUUUAUUCCUGCGGUUGGAGACAUCGAUGCGUUCCUGAAGGUUCGCCGUCCCGACGGCAAGCCUGAUAACCUUGGCCUGCUCGUCCUGGAUGAGCCGUCAACCAAGCAGUCGGAUCCCACCGUGCUCUCCCUUUGGCUGACGGAGAACUCCAAGCAACACAACAUCACACAGCAGAUAAAAGUGAAGAGUUUGGAGAAUGUGGAGAAGAACCCCAAAGCCAUUGACAGCUGGAUUGAAAGUAUCAGCGAACUGCACCGCUGCAAACCUCCUGCCACGGUCCAUUAUACCAGGCCAAUGCCCGACAUCGAGACCCUGAUGCAGGAAUGGUCACCGGAAUUUGAGGAGCUCUUGGGGAAGGUGAGCCUCCCGACCGCAGAGAUGAACUGUGACCUGGCUGAGUACAUCGACAUGAUAUGCGCCAUUCUGGACAUCCCCAUCUACAAGAGUCGGAUCCAGCCUCUGCACAUCCUCUUCUCCCUCUACUCGGAGUUCAAGAACUCACAGCAUUUCAAGCCUCUGGCUGAUGGGAAGAAGGGCGGGAGCCCACCAUCCAACCCACCUUCACAGACAGCAGACGCGGAAGUGUUAAGCUUUGCUUGA